UGCAAUAACCUUGUAUAUUUCGAUCAUGAAUAGCGGAACAUCUUAUAUUCUUAUCAGUAACACAGGCUAUAUGAUAUUAUCUAUUCUGUGAUAUUAAAGCCUGUGUCAACUGUGAAGUGUGAACCGCCAGUACUCACAGCUCACUACUUAUUAUAAUAAGUAAUCGGUAUAACUGUAGUGUACAAAUUUUCAGCACGGAAGAGAUUUUUAUAAGAAUUUGUACUCGAGUGUCCAUUAGUAUUUAGUAAUUAGUGAUUAUUGGAUACUGAUUUGUCCGUAGUCGAGUAGUAAUUUCUACAUUCUAGCCGAUUUAGUUAUAAUAUUGUUAUAUUUUAUGAAUAGCCUAAUUAUUGAUUUUAUUAUAAUAAUAAUAAUAAUAUAUUAUAAAAUCAUUAGCAUCUUAAAUUUAAACAAUACAAGUUUUCUUUAUCUAAUUUAUUAAAUUAUAUGAUUACUAUUAUGGAUCAAACAAGACCCAUUGAAGAAUUAAUUACAUGCUUUAGGUCCAAUAGUACAGUUGAUGACAUUAUUGAAAAAUUAGAGGGGUGGAAAAGAAAUGAUCACAAUAUACAUGAAAUAUCUAAAGAUCAAAUUUUACAAAAACUUUUAUCGCGCUCUGAGAAUCCAGAGAUGUUGAAAGAAAAGCUAAAGAGCAUGGGGAAAGUAAAACUGGUAGAUAAAUAUAUGCAUUUAAUUCAAGAAGUAAGUGAAGACAAAAAGUUAACUGCAUUUUUAGAAAAAAGAUAUAGAGAAUAUGAACGUGAUUUAUCUUGUUCUGACCAUGUGCAUUAUAAAGAUAAAAUUGAGAUAAUUAAUGAAUAUCAAAAACAACAGGAACUUAAAACCAAAGAUAAAAAAAUAACAAAAAGUAAUGUAUAUUAUGUAUGUCCUUUAUGGAAAAACGUAAGAAAAUACCAAGCCCUAGAUUACUUUGAUAUUAUUAUGGCAUCUACACAUUUUGAUCAACCACCCAUUGAACAGAAAUUUAUAAUUAAUGAUAUUUUAUCUUGCCUCCAAGGUUUUCAUGGACAAUUUAUCAGUCUUGUCAAGCAUGAUACAAAAAUCAACUUUAAAAUUAAUGAGUCUAUUGGUCUUGAAUAUGAGUGUUUAAUACCAAAAAUUUUAAGACUAGCUUCAGCAUAUGCUAUUAUUUGCCGAUUUUGUGAAGAAAACCGACAAAGUCACAAUGGAUAUGUUAACCAAGCUUUAGCUUGCUAUUUAGAGAAAUAUAUACGUGACUACCUUAAUUUCAUUAUUUCACUUGAAAAUCAACACCAAAAUGGGGAUCUCACUCUACAAUUACUGUUUUCUGCUGCAGAAACACAAUUUUCUAAAAUAGAAUUUAUAGCACAUAUUAUUUCAAUAAUAACUGAAGGGAAAAAAAUAGGUGGACAGACACUUUCAGUAUUGCAUGAAAAAAUGCUAGAAUGUUGUGCAGAUGAAUUACUAAAAAAUCUUUUGGAAGGAAUGGCUCAAGUAUCUACUAUUCCUUUUUUUGAUUCUUUAGAAAAAUGGAUCUUUAAAGGACAAGUGUUUGAUCCAUGUGAUGAGUUUAUGAUAAAAAGUGGUAAUUUAACACUCAGUGAUGAUACAGAAAAAUACUGGAAUAAAUGUUAUGCUAUAAAGCAUGAAUUUGUUCCUUCUUAUUUGGAAAAGUACAAAGAGAUUAUUCUCAGAACUGGAAAAUAUUUAAAUGCUCUAUAUCAUUGUAAUGUAUCUGAAAAAUCUAAUUUGGUUUAUAAAUCUGACAAUGAUGAAAAACUAGUGUACUCUUUGUGGUGUUCAACAAAUUAUUUACAAAUUGUAAAUAAUGCUUAUAUGUUUGCCAGUACUAGUCUAUUAAAUAUGCUGCUGAAUGAUUAUGAUCUUAUGAAUAGAUUAAAAUCAAUUAAACGUUACUUUUUAUUAGAACAAGGAGAUUUUGUAGUACAUCUAUUAGACGUUUGUGAUGAUGAAUUUAAAAAACCAACAGAUGAUAUUGUGUACAAUAGAUUGGAAUCAUUAUUAGACAUUUGUUUACGAGUGAACGUAGGUUGCAUUGAUCAAUACAAGGAUGACAUUAAAAUGGAAUUGAAGAAAGAUCCACUUAGUUUUCAAAUAUUUAAAAUUUUAGCCAUUCAAACUGAAAAGGAAAAAGAUUACAUUAACUUCCAACCGUCCUCAAACUUAUUAGGAAUACAGUCAUUUUGUUUAGGAUUGACUACUCAAUGGCCAGUAUCUUUAAUAUUUAAUGAAAAUGUUAUAUCUAAUUACCAAAUGUUGUUCCGCUUACUGUUGUUGUGCAAAAAUGUGGAACGUCAAUUAUUAAAAGUUUGGCUUGGCGAUAAACGACUAAAAAAAGUGUCUUUUUCAUCUUUAACCUAUAAAAAAACAUUUAAUUUAAGACAAAAUAUGUUAUUAUUUGUACAAAAUCUUGAAUACUACAUGUUUGAAGAAGUUAUCGAAACACAGUGGCAAUCAUUUAUCUCCGCUAUUCAAUUUAAUGUGAAAAAUGUUGACGAGUUAUUAGAUGAACAACAAAAAUUUCUUAAUCAAUGCUUAAAGAAUUGUAUGGUGACCAACCCAGAUCUCAUGAAAAGCAGCAGAUAUCUGUUAGAACUGUGCAUGGAAUUCAGUGAUUAUAUAUUAGAACUACCAAAAAGUAGAAGUAGUUCAAGACUUGACUUUGAAAAAAACAUACAAAUAUUAGAAAACAAAUUUACAGCUGCAAUGAUUGAUCUUUUAAAAUGUAUACGAAUCAUGAGUCAAAUGAAUAGUGGUAAUAUAAUCUGCAACUUUUUAUACAGAAUGGAUUUCAAUGGAAUGUACACUGAAGAAAUACAAAUGGACAAUUCAACAUGUUUUUCAUAGAACAUUAUUUUCCUCAUUACAAUAUUUCUGAUUUACAAAAAUCAAAAACAUUAUUUUUAAUUGCUCUCUAAUCGUUGUAAUACUAUGAAUUAAAUAUAAUACUAUCACUAAUAAUAUUAAUAAAUAAUAACUAGUAUAAGAUUUUUAUUUACAAA